UUGACGUGUCUUUAAGAGCUCUACUCCCUUCAGCUGUUUCCCUUCAACCCUCUGUCUUUUUCUUUCUUCCGGGCGGCGGUGCGCACCGGCAGGGCUGGACUAUUCGUAAUUCUUUGGAACUUUAGAUAGUGACCGUGACUUCGGGUAAUCGACACCAUGGGGAUUAAGUUUUUGGAGGUUAUAAAACCGUUUUGUGCUGUUUUGCCGGAAAUUCAGAAACCAGAACGAAAGAUCCAGUUCAGAGAAAAGGUGCUAUGGACGGCCAUUACAUUGUUCAUCUUUCUUGUUUGCUGCCAGAUCCCUCUGUUUGGGAUCAUGUCUUCAGACUCCGCAGAUCCAUUCUACUGGAUGAGAGUAAUCCUGGCCUCCAACAGAGGUACUCUGAUGGAGUUGGGUAUCUCUCCCAUUGUGACCUCUGGUCUAAUCAUGCAGCUGCUGGCUGGAGCUAAAAUCAUUGAGGUUGGAGACACACCUAAAGACAGGGCACUCUUUAAUGGAGCUCAGAAAUUAUUUGGUAUGAUCAUCACUAUUGGCCAGGCUAUUGUGUACGUCAUGACUGGAAUGUAUGGAGACCCUUCAGAGAUGGGUGCUGGCAUCUGUCUGCUAAUCAUCAUUCAGUUGUUUGUGGCAGGUCUGAUUGUGUUGCUGCUGGAUGAGUUGUUGCAGAAAGGUUACGGGUUGGGCUCUGGUAUCUCACUUUUCAUCGCCACUAACAUCUGUGAGACCAUCGUAUGGAAGGCAUUCAGCCCAACCACAGUCAACACAGGCAGAGGUACUGAGUUUGAAGGAGCCAUCAUUGCUUUGUUCCACCUGCUGGCCACUCGUACUGAUAAAGUGCGAGCUCUGAGAGAGGCCUUCUACAGGCAGAACUUACCCAACCUCUUGAACCUCAUUUCUACAGUCUUUGUCUUUGCUGUGGUCAUAUACUUCCAGGGCUUCAGAGUUGACCUGCCCAUCAAGUCUGCACGUUACCGUGGCCAGUACAACACAUAUCCAAUAAAGCUGUUCUACACCUCCAACAUUCCCAUCAUCCUGCAGUCUGCUCUGGUGUCUAACCUGUACGUCAUCUCUCAAAUGCUCUCCACCCGCUUCAGUGGAAACUUCCUGGUCAACCUGCUGGGGACUUGGUCUGACACCUCAUCUGGUGGCCCAGCCCGUGCCUACCCUGUAGGUGGUCUGUGUUACUAUCUGUCCCCUCCGGAGUCGUUUGGUUCAGUGCUUGACAACCCAGUCCAUGCAGUUAUCUAUAUCGCCUUCAUGCUGGGAUCCUGUGCCUUCUUUUCCAAGACCUGGAUUGAAGUUUCUGGAUCAUCUGCCAAAGAUGUGGCAAAGCAGCUGAAAGAGCAACAGAUGGUGAUGAGGGGGCACAGAGAGACCUCCAUGGUUCAUGAACUCAACAGGUACAUCCCCACAGCGGCUGCAUUUGGUGGGCUGUGUAUCGGGGGCCUUUCAGUCAUGGCUGACUUCCUGGGUGCUAUCGGCUCAGGAACAGGGAUUCUAUUGGCAGUUACCAUCAUCUACCAGUACUUUGAGAUAUUUGUGAAGGAACAGAGUGAAGUCGGCAGCAUGGGAGCGCUACUCUUCUAAAAAUGGACUCUCACAAAUCCUACACUCAUUCUUGCUGACACCUUAUAAAACACUUUUAUUAUUUUUAUGGUUCUUGUCGUUUUAUUUUUUAUUUAGGUGCAGUUUAUGCAUUCAAAAUGGUCUGUCACCAGUGCUGUCUGGGGAGAAUGUGUUCUCCCAUUCAUCAGAAGUGGCAAAACAUUUCUAAAAUU